AUGAAGGGGGAAGAACCUUGAAGGAGGCCUUUUUGUUGGACUUCUUUCUCAUGGUCACACACAAGCCCUCUCGCUAUGAACAGUUUUGCAGCUGCCCUCCUUGUGUGGAUUUUGACUUCUCCCAGCGGCAGUGGCCAUGGCAGAGGGGAAGGCUGGCCCAUACAUAUGGCCUGCAGCAGUGGAGGCUUGGAAGUAUUCUACCAGAGCUGCGAUCCCUUACAGGACUUUGGCCUUUCCAUUGACCAGUGUUCCAAACAGAUCCAACCAUAUAUCAACAUAAGAUUUGGCAUCAUUCUGAGAGAGGACAUCAGAAAGCUGUUUCUGGACAUAGCUCUCGUUGCAAAAGGCUCUUCUAUUCUGAAUUUCUCCUACCCCAUCUGUGAGGAGGAUCAGCCCAAGUUCUCAUUUUGUGGAAGAAGAAAAGGAGAGCAGAUAUACUAUGCCGGCCCUGUCAAUAACCUUGGAUUUGAAGUUCCACCGGGAAAAUACCAUGUCUUGCUGGAACUGUACAAUGAAAACCGUGCUACUGUGGCUUGUGCUAACGCUACCAUCAUCUGCUCCUGACCACGGCCCGCCAGAAAAUGCACAGUCAACUCAGCCUCAGGGAACCUCAAGGUCCCCAGGCUUACCUCGCUGUAUGAAGACCCCUGAUGCCAAAGAAAUGCUCUACAAAGAAAUUUCUCAUGGGUUCCUCUGCCAAUCUCAUCCCCGAGGACAAAUGUUCCCAGACCAAACAGACGUGACAAAGCCUCUGAAACGAUCUAUUUCUGAGGCCCCUUUUUUAAUAGCUCUCCUUACGUAAUCCCAUCUCAUCAAACUUACCUCCUUGUCGGCUCCAUAGGAACACUUCCUCACAGUUGCCUGGGAUUCAAAAAAUAAAUAAAUAAAUAAAUAAAUAAAAAUAAAAAGGCUCACACCUA